GUGGCAAAACCCUAACAAAAACCCGAAGACAUAGGUGCAGAGCAUUGGGAGAGGCAUCAAUGGGGAAGGCGAAGGGAAAGCAUCGUUUGGACAAGUACUAUCACUUGGCGAAAGAGCACGGGUACAGGUCAAGAGCCUCAUGGAAGCUGGUUCAGCUCAAUUCCAAGUUUCGCUUCCUCGAAUCCGCACGCGCUGUUCUCGACCUCUGCGCCGCCCCCGGCGGUUGGAUGCAGGUCGCUGUCCAGCGCGUCCCUGUCGACCACCUCGUCAUCGGCGUUGACCUCGCACCCAUCGCUCCUAUCCGCGGUGCCAUCGCCAUCCAAGAAGACAUCACCAAACCUGAGUGCAAGUCACGCAUCAAGAAGCUCAUGAACGACCAUGGUUGCCGCGCCUUUGACGUCAUUUUGCACGACGGUUCUCCUAACGUCGGUGGUGCAUGGGCUCAGGAAGCCAUGAGCCAGAACGCUCUCGUCAUUGACGCCGUCAAGUUAGCCACUCAGUUCUUGGCUCCCAAGGGUAUAUUCGUCACCAAGAUUUUCAGGUCGCAGGAUUACAGUUCUGUAGUGUAUUGCUUGAAGCAGUUGUUUGAAAAGGUUGAGGUGGAUAAACCUGCUGCUAGUCGUUCUGAAUCUGCUGAGAUAUAUGUUUUGGGGCUUAGGUACAAGGCCCCUGCGAAGAUUGAUCCACGCCUUCUCGAUAUUAAGCAUCUCUUUCAGGGGUCUGUGGAACCGCAGCCGAAGGUGGUGGAUGUACUUAGAGAAAAUAAGCAAAAGAGGCAUCGUGAUGGAUACGAAGAUGGAAACACUACGUUAAGGAAGGUGUCUUCAGCUGCAAAUUUCAUUUGGUCAGAUUCUCCUCUGGAGAUCCUUGGUUCAGUCACUUCCAUAACCUUUAGUGAUCCUGCUGAUUUACCAAUCAAGGAUCAUGACUUAACAACUGAAGAGGUAAAAUCUCUCUGCGAUGAUUUAAGAGUUUUGGGAAAGCAAGACUUCAAGCAUCUUUUAAAGUGGCGGAUUCACAUGAGAAAAGCUCUUUCACCUACUCAGAAGCCUGAUCCUAAUACUACAGAAGAGAUGGAAAAGGAGCAUAAGGUGGAUGAAGAAGAUAGAAUACUCAAUGAAAUGGAGGAACUGACAAAUGUGAUGGACCGUAAGAAGAAACGUGCCAAAAAGCUCCUAGCAAAAAGGAGAGCUAAGGACAAGGCACGAAAAGCAACAGGGAUGCAAAUGGAUGCAAUAGAGGAUGGUUAUGUUGAUCAGGAGUUAUUUUCUCUUUCUUCUAUGAAGGGUAAGAAGGAUCUGGUAGCGGUUGAUAACUGUGAGUAUGAAGUAAAUGAAGGUGAAGUAGAAGACAGUGAGAAUGAUGAAACCCAUGAAGGCCCAGACCAUUCAUCCAGUGACAGAGAGGAUUCUGAUGAGGAACGGAAAAGAUACAAUGAACAAAUGGAAGAGCUAUUGGAUCGAGCUUAUGAGCGGUUUGUGAUAAGAAAGGAAGGAAGUACCAAGCAACGGAAGCGAAUUAAGAAAUCAUAUGAUGCAGAGGCCCAACUUUUGGAGGGUGGUGAGGACGAUGAUAUUGUUCCAUCCAAAUAUGAUUCUGAUGAAGAUCAGGGUGAUCAAGAAGCAAAUCCAUUGAUGGUGCCACUUAAUGAUGGGGCAGAGCCCACCCAAGAGGAGAUAAUGAAUAAGUGGUUUAGUCAGGAUGUUUUUGCUGAAGCUGUAGGGGAGGGAGACUUUGAGAAGUAUGAGAGUAAAGAUGAAAUGGAUGUAGAUGAGCCUAAGGAAACGACAUCUAUUGCAAAAAGGAUAAAAGAAAAUAAAUCAACAGCUCCAGCAGUGGUAGAUUGCCCUCAACCUCAAGUAUCUAAGGCAGAGGAUGAUUUUGAGAUUGUUCCUGCACCUGCAACAGAUUCAAGUGAUGAUUCAUCUUCUGAUGAAUCAGAAGAGGAAGAUAUUGAAACCAAAGCUGAGAUAUUGGCUUAUGCUAAGAAGAUGAUGCGGAAAAAGCAACGGGAGCAAAUACUUGAUGAUGCAUAUAACAAGUAUAUGUUUGAUGAUGAGGGAUUGCCGAAGUGGUUUGUAGAUGAGGAAAGGAGACACCGCCAGCCAAUAAAGCCUGUCACCAAAGAGGAAAUUGCUGCAAUGAGGGCGCAAUUUAAAGAAAUUGAUGCUCGGCCUGCAAAGAAGGUGGCGGAGGCCAAAGCACGGAAGAAGCGUGUUGCAAUGAGGAAACUUGAGAAGGUACGGAAGAAGGCCAAUGCUAUAUCUGAUCAGACAGACAUAUCUGAUCGUUCGAAGAGGAAGCAAAUUGAACAACUAUAUAAAAAGGCUGUUCCGAAGAGGCCUCAAAAGGAAUAUGUAGUUGCAAAGAAAGGUGUCCAAGUUAAAACUGGCAAGGGAAAAGUCCUUGUUGAUCGCAGAAUGAAGAAGGAUGCUAGAAAACGUGGAAUGGGUAAGGCAGGAAAAGGAGGUUCCAAGGUGAAGGGCAAGGCUCCAAAGGGCAAAGGAUCCGCAAAGGCCACUGCAAAGAAGGGAAAACAGAGGAAUAAAUAAAAAUAGGUUUAUACGCAAUUUCUCAGUCAUUGGUUUAUCUUAUUUUCCAGGCUCAAUUUUGUUUGUUCAUUUUUCUUUUCUUGUUACUGUGCAAUUGAUAUUAUAAAUUAUCUAAUGGAGCUGUUUUGAUCUUCGUAAAGG